GUGGGAAACAUGUCCGUUUUAUCCAAUUUAACACAGACACUGGAAGAUGUUUUCAAAAGAAUCUUUAUUACUUAUAUGGACAACUGGCGCAGCAACACAACAGCAGAACAAGAGGCUCUCCAGGCCAAAGUCAAUGCUGAGAAUUUCUACUACGUUAUCUUGUACCUCAUGGUGAUGAUUGGGAUGUUCUCUUUUAUUAUUGUGGCCAUCCUGGUGAGCACAGUGAAAUCCAAGAGGCAGGAGCACUCUAAUGACCCAUACCAUCAGUACAUUGUGGACGACUGGCGUGAAAAGUACAAAAGUCAAAUUAUGAGUCUAGAAGAUGCCAAAGCUACCGUUCAUGAAAAUGUUGAUGCGACAGCAUACAAAAUGUCUCCCUGAUGAUUGAGAAAAGUUCAGUCAUAAGACAUGAAGCAAUUGUCAGCUCUCUCUCUGCAUAUAUAUACAUAUAUAUAUAUAUAUACAUUCAUUUAUAGGCACAUGUGUGUUUAGUACACUGAAUAUGUAUUAUUUUAAGCAAAUGCUUAUUUGUAUUAGUAUUUUAGCUAAAUAAGCAGCAUGAGGAUGUGCAUGUGUGUAUGUGUAUGCAUGUGUACAUAUAUGCAUGUGUGUAUAUUCCAAAGAUAAAAGGAGUGAAACAAAUUGAUGGCUUGUUUGAGAGAAAUUAAGUUCUUUCCUUUCUGAUGAAACCUAGAGCAAGUCAGAUAAUAGACCAAUCAAAUGGAGUGGUAUCUUAAACUAUGUUUCUCCUAUUUAAUCUAGCAUUUUAUGUUAUAUACACCCUUUAUUCUUUAGGCACUGUAAACUUCCUUCCCAAAAAAACAAUAAAGUCAAAUUUUGA